CUGGUAUUAUUCGUGGUGGUGGUGGUGGGAAUCGACGCGACGACAAUACUUGACGCUGGAGAGAUCAUGUCCACCAACAACAAUGGCGUCCUGCUAGUUCGAAAAGACGACGACGGCGACACUGAUAAUUUGGGAGGAUUAUCAAAUCGUGACGAUCAACAAGUGAGAGUCGGUUUCGAGGUGGGAUUUAAAAAGGCUAAAAUUUCAAAUAAUUUCCAACGGGAGCAACUUGGACGACCUGGUCAGGCAGCAGCGGCGGCGGCGUUGGUAUCAUCGGGAGAGGAGUUUUACAUUGAUGACGAUAAUUUUGGAGGCGGAGGUGGUGGUGGUGAUUACGUGGACCCGAGAAAACUGAAGAAUAUAAUGGACGACAUCGCGGAGAGGAUUUUGGCCGCCGCGGAUGCCCUCUAUGCCUCCAUGAAUCCCCCACAAGCUCAACCACAAAGGACGCGUUAUUCGAGUGGAAGUGAAUUUAGCGAUGAUUACAGCUCAAACCGUGGUCAAAAAUGGGGUGGGGUUUUAUCAUCCACGUGCUUGUCAGUUUUACUUUUUGUGAUACAAUUAGCGUAAAAAGAGACGAAUUGUG